CUCAUCGUAAGAUGCUCCAUGGAAAGGAGCCGAGCAGUGGGCAGAGUCUGUGCGUCCCCGAUAACGAGCGCCUAACAUUUCCGUGGUAUUCCCAUUUGCUAGUGUGCUGCUGCGGCCACACGCCUGAUUGAUAUAUGCCUGCAAUGGCACUUUUCCAUUUGACACUCUCCCUCUCCCUCUCUCCCUCUCCCUCUCUCUCUCCCUCUCUCUCUCCCUCUCUCUCUCCCUCUCUCUCCCUGGGUCGCUUAAACAACAGUCCUAACUUUUGUGUGUUGCAAAUAUAAAAGGCAAGCCAUGUGACAGAGGGACAGAAGAACAAAAGCAUUUGGAAGUAACAGGACCUCUUUCUAGCUCUCAGAAAAGUCUGAGAAGAAAGGAGCCCUGCGUUUCCCCCAAGCUGUGCGACAGAUACUGUGGCAAUCGGUUACAAGUGAAAGGAGCAAGACAGAACUCCAGCAUACAAAGGACAAUGACAACCAGAAAGCGACAGCCCCAUCCUGCACUGGCCUCUAAAGGAACUGGAUCCUAGGUGGCGACAGCAUUUCCAAUCUAUUGUCCUCUGUCUCCCUCUGCUGUUCUUCUGGAGAAGUUUCCCCUUACAACAAUGAGAAGUCAUGUACUAGCUGCAUCCAUUUCUAUGCUCUCCCUGCUGGCCAUAAUGGGAGAUACAGACAGCAAAACAGACAGCUCUUUCCUGAUGGACUCUCAACGCUGCAUGAGACACCAUUAUGUUGAUUCUAUCAGUCACCCAUUGUACAAGUGUAGCUCAAAGAUGGUGCUCCUGGCCAGAUGUGAGGGGCACUGCAGCCAGGCAUCACGCUCUGAGCCGUUGGUGUCCUUCAGCACUGUCCUCAAGCAACCUUUCCGUUCGUCCUGUCACUGCUGUCGACCUCAAACCUCCAAGCUGAAGGCUUUGCGUCUGCGCUGCUCAGGGGGCAUGCGACUCACCGCCACUUACCGGUACAUCCUCUCCUGUCACUGCGAGGAAUGCAGCUCCUGAGGCUUGCUGCUGAGUGUCUUUCUGGCUGGGACAACCACAAGAGCAGUUCAACCAGCCAGAGAAGGACUGGCAAGAAAAGAGUUAAGGCAGAGAAAGAGGGAGCGAGUCCCACAGGAUUGUGCAUAUUCUAGUCCUAAAAACUCAAAGUGCUUUCAACAGAAAGUGACUCUGGGAACUCGUUUUCCAUUCCCAUCUCCUUUCCCUGAAAGAAUUUCUUUCGGUUACUUUUCAGAUUCAGGCAUUUCCCCUGUUGGCUCUGAAUGUGGUUUGGGUUUCUGACAACUCUUUAUUAGUGGGAAAAUGUGGGGCCCUGUGCAAGAGUGGGUCAGGCUGUCCCUAUUUGGUGCAUAUUAGGGAAAAAUUUGCCCAACUUUUCUUAGGAUAUCCUCAGUUGUUUCACCUUGUUGUUUUGGUUUAAGAUUUGCCUUGAAAGGUUACCGGUUUCAAGUUCUGGUUACUGGUUUCAAGUUCCGGACACCAAGUCCAUGGAUAUGUUUAGUGAGGUUUACUCACAGCUAGCUGAUACUAAAAUAACUAACACACGGGUUCUUUGAUGUGACUGUGGGACUCCUGACAGCUAUAGUCAUUCAUUAAAUGGCCUUGAAGCUAUAAAUAUUGCAUAAGGAAUUUAUAAACUGAAGGCUUUGCAGGUAAUGAAGCAAAACUUUUAUGAGGAAGUAGUAGGUUUUCAAAGACACACACACACACACACACACACACAGAUGGAUACUGCACUGACUCUGGAGAAGGCAUAAAUUACUAGUGGCAUGGAGAAUGCACCAUACUUAUAACUGAGAAUUAGUCAAGCAAGUAGGAAUCUAUUUGUGGGUGUGCAAUAGCUUCAGCCACGUCUUGAGCAUCAUUCUCUAAUAUCUACCUGUCUAUGUGAGGCUUGUUGCCAUAGUGGUGGCCUGGCUUAUCCUCUGAAAAUUUUGUUCCAAUAAAGUUUUGGUCACUGGGGCUCAAAUUUUGAAUUCUCCCCAUUUGAAAUAAAAAUAGAGUACCUUCAAAA